CGUCGGCCAUUCGAUUCCACCUUACACUCAUGAACCAGCAUGAUCAUAUCGCCUAAUCUUUCCUACUGAAACCCACCAGAAUGACCGACUAGCCCAGCCUGAACAAAUCCCCUUUGUCGUCAUCCACCAUAACCAACUCUGAAUACCUACACAUACUGUCAACAUGGCGCAACCCGCCCGCCACGCCGCAAUGCUAUCCAUUAGCAACAGCGGCCCAAACCUCCCCGUGGCAGCAGCAGCAGCAGACAGACAACAACCAGCACAACACAUCCACACGCAAUCCCAAUCAAGCCAGGGUCUGCGCGUCCCGUCAAACCGCAAAACCAUCUACGAUAGACACCUGAACCGCAGCCGCAAUGCGGAGCUUAGCCGGGCUAGCUUCGCCUUUCUGUUCGCCGAGAUGGUGACUUAUGCUCAGAGACGAGUCACAGGGAUUCAGGAUUUAGAACGACGAUUGAACGAACAAGGCUACCCCCUUGGUCUCCGACUCCUCGACCUCCUCUUCUACCGCACCAUGUCCAGUUCCACAUCCUCCGCUCUAUCCAGCUCCUCCUCAACUUCUUCCUCCCCUCCCAAUCGUCCCCUCCGCAUUCUCCCCCUGCUUCAUCUCAUCCACGGCCCUCUCUGGCGCCUCCUGUUUAAUCGGCCCGCCGAUGCCCUCGAGCACUCUGUCUCUCCCGAGACGCCUAAUGAAUAUAUGAUCACCGAUAAUGAUCCCCUCGUUAAUACGUAUAUCAGUGUGCCGAAGGAAAUGAGCAUGCUUAAUUGCGCCGCCUUCGUGGCGGGGAUUAUUGAGGGCGUUUGCGAUGGGUGUGGAUUCGAGGCGAAGGUCACUGCUCAUAAUCAGCCUACCGAGAUGUGGCCCGGCAGGACGAUAUUCUUGUUGCGCUUUGGGGAGAGUGUUAUGGAGCGGGAGAAGGUUUUGGAGAGGGCCGGCGUUAAAUAAAUGAACGAAUGAAUGGGAUGUGAUUGAUAUCCAUAGGCGGUUGAUUUUAUUUCCUACGGUGUAUGAUCGGCCAUUGUUUACGCAGCGAUUUGUUAUAGAAUGCGAACGGGUUCUUGUGAUGUGUGGUGUUAUGGGUUACGUCGGUUGGGUGUGGAAAGAGGUACGGUUUAUAUAUGACAGUCGCAGCAGCAUUCAUUGUUGAUGCCGGCGUGAUGAGUCCGCUCGAACAUAUGUGUCUGGUAUGUGCAACAGCAAGACGUUUAUAUUCACGUUGCUGUUCGUCCGCCGAACGAACACGCAGGUAGAGUCUAUUCUCCUUAGGAGGCCUGCAGGA